GGGGUGCUCAACAGGCAAUGAUCUUGUCACUGUCCCUAUUUUUUAUUGUACUUUUUAAUCUAACUAGGUAUGUCGGUUAAGAACUUUUUAUUUUGACGGCCGAAGAACCAUGGGUUAACUUUUCCUAGGGGCAGAACGGGAGAUUUUUUAUCUUGUCAGCUCGAGGAUUCGAUCGAGAAACCUUUUGAUUACUAGUCUAACGCUCUAAACACUAGACUACCUGCGGCCCCACUAGCCAUAUUGCCGCAAUCAAGUACUAGUCGAAACUCGGAAAUGUUCGACUUGCUAACUGGUUGUAGUUAUUCACGUGCCGCGUUCAACAAAUGAGCAAAUCGACAUUUUCGAGUUUCCUCGUUCCGACGAGCACGUGAACAUAGACCCUCUGCCCUUUCUCGCUCCACUCCCACCCCAUGCUUAUGCUCCAGCUGCUAGCGCCGCUGCCUGCUGGUGUCUAGCUGACUCCCCUCACUGGCACACAUAUUCAAUGUACAGGUAGCUUAGACCAUGACAGGCAUCGCCGCUGCCUCCUUCUUCUCUAACAUUUGUAGGUUCGGUGGUUGCGGACUCCACUUCGAAUCGUUGGCCGAACUCAUCGUGCACAUUGAGGAUAACCACAUCGACACAGAUCCUCGUCAGUUGGAGAAGCAGGAGCAGCAGCAGCCCACCUAUGUUGCCCUCAGCUACAUCAACAGGUUUAUGACAGAGGCAGCGCGUCGGGAGCAGCCUGAGAGGCUGACGAGGAAGGUGCACCCCAAGCUGUCUCAGUCUCUGACAGGCAGUCUGCCUCGUAGCAGUGACGUCUCCACUCCUCCCAGACGCAGCAGUGGGAACCUCACCCCUCCCGUCACACCCUCCUCCUCCUUCCGUAGCAGCACUCCUACAGGCAGUGAGUAUGAUGAAGAGGAGGUGGACUAUGAGGAGUCGGACAGUGGUGAGUCCUGGACCACAGAGAGUGCCAUCAGCUCCGAGUCUAUCCUCAGCUCCAUGUGUAUGAACGGAGGAGAGGAGAAACCCUUCGCCUGCCCUGUGCCUGGCUGCAAGAAGAGAUACAAGAAUGUGAACGGGAUCAAGUACCACGCCAAGAACGGCCACCGGACCCAGAUCCACAUCCGCAAGCCCUUCAAGUGCCGCUGUGGGAAGAGCUACAAGACGUCCCAGGGCCUGAGGCACCACACCAUCAACUUCCACCCGCCAGUCUCCACCCACAUCCACCCGCCAGUCUCUACCCACAUCCACAAGAUGCAGCAGUAGCACCGUCCCCACAGAUAGAAUCCCUUGAACAUCAUUCUGUGAUAGUGAUUCUGUUUCUAUGGACCCAGUACACUACUCUUUUAUUGCAUGCUUUAAAAUGACCUUAUUUGUGUGUGUGUGUGUGUGUGUGUGUGUGUGUGUGUGUGUGUGUGUGUGUGUGUGUGUGUGUGUGUGUGUGUGUGUGUGUGUGUGUGUGUGUGUGUGUGUGUGUGUGUGUAUAUGUGUGUGUAUAUGUGUGUGUAUAUGUGUGUGUAUAUGUGUGUGUAUAUGUGUGUGUAUAUGUGUGUGUAUAUUUUAAACAUUUGUUUGGAAUGUAUUUUCUUCACAGCUGUAUACUUUUUCACAUUUCAGCGAUCAUGUCUUUUUGAUAACGUUUUUGGCACAUAGGGCUUGAUGUUAAGAUGAUGCGUUUGGAAGAGAGCGUAUUGCCACGUUCAAAACACCUCGGAACUCUCCCACUUCAGUGCAGGGAUCUUUUAUUUUUGUGGGAAUUCCGGACGGUCAACCAACUCGGCAACUCUGGCAUCUUUCUAGAGCUCUGACUUUCUGACCUGAAAAUCACUGACGUCAUGAUUUGACCUGUUUUUUCCCCGCGAGUUUCCAAUUGUCUUGACAGCACCAUGAGUCAAGGUUCACAGCCAGGCUUCUGGGCUAUUUGCCAGAACAAAACAUGGUGGAACAUUUACAUACAGAUAUGUUGUGUAGAUUGAAACUCAAUGAAUUUGACUUGAGUGUUCAGGUAAUGCUGUGUUUGAAAAGAGGCAUGAGAGUGAUGAGGCCCGGGGAGAAAGCAAGCAUCACCACCACACCAUCACAAAACCUCCGUGUUUGUCAAAGAUGAAGAUAUAUUCCUGAAGGAUGUAUAAACUUUCGUAAUCAGGUGUAAAAUAGGAAGCUCUUAUAUUUUUCUUGCCGUGUUCUGUUCUGAAAGUGUAUUUUUAUGAUUCACUUUGCCAGGAUUUUCACUUGUUUUGUGUUUUUAGAACUAAAAGACUCGGGUGACAAUUCACCACAAUCCUGCCCGUGUGUUCUGAUAGGAUGUGUCCCAAAUGGCUCCCUAUAUAGUGCACUACUUUUGACUAGAGCCAUGUGGGUCCUGGUCAAACAAAAGUAGUGCACUAUAUAAGGAGCCAUUUGGGAAACAAAGUAUUUUAGAGUCAGCUGUUAUGCUGUUCACUGGAAUCUUGGGAUUGGGUGUCACAGCCGUCCCAGUUAUCCAGAACCCUUCCGUUCUAGGGUGCUGAGCAGUUAUCCUCUUCGCCAAAGCCGUGUGAAGCAUUUAAGCACUUUGUAGUAACCAGUUGCCAACAACUCUGCUGCUACACACAUCAACCUGACAUGUAGCAGUCACAGGAACUAGAGAGAGCCAGACUGGAAGUACUCAAACCUUUCCAAGGAGUUUUACAUUUGUUCAGAUCUCCAGUGUUUCCCAGGGUGAGAUUAUGUAUCUGGUUGCCUUGAAUUGUAGACCACAAGAGUUCCAAUCCAGUAAGUAUCUGUGUAUAGCUUCAUAGUGACUCUUCAGGAAUGGCUAACUUGAGUUACAGUAGACAUUCUUGUCAAAAUAAAACAUGGCCAGAUCUCAAUUCUGGUCUAUUGCUCCUCUUUUGUCCCUCUAGCCUCUAUGUAGUUUAAUAAAAGGUACUGUCAUACUGAGCAAGGGGCUAAUCAACAACCCAAUCAAAACAUCACAGAAAUCAAUGUCCUUAUGGAACUACACGUUAAGGGUGCGUCCCAAAUGGUAGCCUAUUCCCUCUAUAGUCCAUAUGGCUCUGGUCAAAAGUAGUGCAUUAAAUAGGGAAUAGGGUGCCAUUUGGAAUGCAUUAUGUAGAUGGUCAUUGACAGUAUUAUAAUGCCAGUACAUAUGGAGGGAAGUAUUUGAUAUUGUGUAUAGUAAAUGUAUUGUCUCAAGUGCAUUAAAUUAUAUUUUCAUAUGUUCCUGGA